CAGCAGUCCGUGUGUUGACGUGUGUGUAGGAGAGUGUGUGCGCGCGUGCAUUGUGCGUGUAUGUGUAUGUGCGCGCGCGCGGCUCUAGGCUGAGCAUCGCUGACAAAUCUGACGGAGCGUUUUAACCUCGCUGUUAAUUAGCCCGGCUCGGAUCAGUCCGCCGAACCAGCAUGUCGUCCAACUCCCAGGUCCAGAACCAAGAACCGACCGAAGAGCCGACCAAGGAAACGAACCAGGAGGAGAAAGAGGCGCAGGGGGAGGAGAAGGAUGCUGCGAAGGAGGAGGUGAAGGCGGAGGAGAAGGAGGAUAAAAACGAGGAGCCAAAGGAACAGAAAAAUGAGGAGAAGAAGGAGAAGAAAAAGGAGAAAAAAGAUGAGAAGAAAAAAGACGAGAAUAAGGGUUCCUGCAAAGAUUUUAUCUACAACCCCCGGACCGGAGAGUUUCUGGGCCGAACCGCCAGCAGCUGGGGUCUCAUCCUCCUCUUCUACCUCAUUUUUUACGGCUUUUUGGCGGGGAUGUUUUCUCUAACCAUGUGGGUGAUGCUGCAGACGCUUGAUGAGAACGUUCCACAACAUCAGGACCGACUGCCCAGUCCAGGUUUGGUCAUUCGUCCUCAUGCCAUUGAAAUCUUCUACAACAGAACAAACCCAUCACAAUACGAGCAGUACAUCGGAGAGCUGCACGAUCUCCUGCAGCAUUAUAACGACAGCAUUCAAGAUGGGAAUGACUUGUGUCUGGUGGGCGAAUACACUGAACAAGACAAAGAGCCUGUGAAGAAGGUUUGUCAGUUUAAACGGAGUAUUCUGCGCCAGUGCUCCGGACUGCCGGAUACCAGUUUUGGAUAUGCAGAGGGACAACCCUGCAUCAUCAUCAAGAUGAACCGGGUCAUUGGUCUGAAACCAAAAGGAGACCCCUACAUCAACUGUACUGCCAAGAGAAACACUCCAUUGCCGAUGCUUUAUUUCCCACCUGAGGGUCGCUUGGAUAAGAUGUUUUUCCCGUACUAUGGCAAAAAAGCUCAUUCUGAAUACGUGCAGCCACUCGUAGCUGUCAAGCUGCUGCUAACUAAAGAAGACUUGGACGUGGAGCAGACGGUGGAGUGUAAAGUUGAGGGAUCGGACCUACGCAACAGUGACGAUCGGGACAAGUAUCUGGGUCGUGUCACUUUCCGUGUCAAAGUGUCUCAGUAACCCGAGGAACCAGCUGCCAUGGACAUCAAGAUUUAGCACAGGAAAAAGCUCUAAUUCAGGAACCCUUUUACCCAGACCUGAUCUGCUUCUGCACGCCUGAAUAUGGUUGUUCCUAUUUGAAAACUGACAUCAGAACAAAUGCCGUCUACCUUUACACUGCCAGAACCAUAAUGGCUGCCUCGAUCAACAGUUUACCUGCAGCUAUGUCACCCGUUUAGUUCUGCUCAUCAGAGAAAAGCAUGAACUCAGAGUGAGCGGAGCCGGUUCAGACUCUCGGAACAGAUCAGGUCUGCUGUGGAGGCCCGUGAGCCUGGAGCACAUUGAUGUGUUGACUCUUUGUGUGUAAGUGAUAUAAUAAAAUGUGAUGCCAUACCCUAAGAACCAGGACAGCACAGCAGAAGUCACACUUCACGUUUCAUGGCCCAUCUAGAUGUUCUAUAAUCAGAUGAAUCGGUUUCCACACAGCGAAAGGUCUUACCCCGGCUUUCCACAGCAGCCGUCAGCAGCACGUUACUGCAGCAGCACGUCAUAGCUGCUGAUAGGAACCACUGUGGUCAACAGAACCUUUUCCACUGGAGCCGUCAGCAGCGCGAGUCGGCCGCGUCUCAGGAGCAGCAUGUCGCAGCCUUUACGCGCCGGUUCUAUUUUCUACGCGCGACGCCUCUGAAACGGGUCAAGUUCGACAUUUUUGGGGAAGGAAAGACAGGAAAUGGGACGCGGAAAUGGAGAGAAGCUUCCCGAGAUUUUCAGAAUAAAGAACGUACUGCCUUCCGGUUGCUUUACUUUUAAAAAACGUUACUAACUGUGCGUCCCCGUGAGAAGUUAUCACCUAGCUAGCGGUCUCCUUUGUUUUUCAGGUCCGUAUUGGCGAUUAUAAAACGGACAGAACAUAAAACACAAACCAUGUUGUAAUUUUCUCCUGCUUGUUGUUGUGUUUACUGACGAAGUCACUCGUGUGACUUCGUGCUCGGUCGGUGACAGCUGCUCCCCUGCUGCUUCGCGUCCCGUGGGAAGGGCCAAGCAGCAGCUUACGCGAGCAAGACGUGCUGCUGCAGUAACGUGCUGCUGACGGCUCCCGUGGAAACCCGGGGUUACAGACACGAAGACCAUCUGAUCCCAAACAGCAGACGCCAUGGGAGGGGUGGGGGGUGGGGGGGGGGGGGGCUUGACAUUGUGUUCUUGGGUUUUAAAGGAAUAACAGCCCAAACGACUAUUUCUGCAGUUCGGUUCCCUGCAUGUCGUCUCCGUUUAUUACUGACUGUAAAAACAAACAAAAAUCAAGAAAUGUGAAGUGACUUCCGCUGUGCUGCCCGUCCCUAAUCGUGAAAAACUAUGGAAUGAAAGAUGAAAUUUUUAUCUUAACUCAGUCGUUAUUUUGGCAGAAUUUAGUUAGAUUUUAGUCUAAUUUAUGAGAUCUUAUUCAUCAGGUGUAAUUUCUGUUUAUUAACUUGUACAGUUUUUAAAAUGUGAACUAAGUGUGAUUGUAACAAGUUUUGUGUGGCCAUUGAACAUGAUGGAAUUAGCAUUACGACACCACUGCUGUUUAAAUGUGCUGUGAAAUAUUUGGUUCUAUUCAGAAUAACAGAGAAAUUACUAGUGAGAACAUAAAUAUCUGCAGAAGACGAGAAAAACAACCAACCAAGUCUGCUGAAAUGAAAUGAUCUGCGAUGUAGUCAAUAAAAUCUGGUUUCUUCAAA